AUGGCCGUCAUCCCAUGUUCGAUUCUUCUUCUGUUCUCCGUGGUCGCUGUUCAGGUUGGAGGUCAGUUUACGGACGGUCUCGGAACUGUACAAAUAAGACAUCUUCCUGUAGAUAUCAGUAGUGAAACAGGUUCUGACUGUUUUAUUAGCCUUGAUUGUGGAUAUGGACGUGAUGCUCAAGCAUAUUACGUGGGGACAAUAUCUGGUAUAACGUACGUCUCUGAUGCUCCUUACAUAGACAGUGGCGAACCUCAUAACAUAUCCGUAGAAGACGCGUCAGUUAAUCUCUUCCAGCGAUACCUCACCGUGAGAAGCUUCCCUAGUGGAGCUCGGAACUGCUACACCUUCAAAUCAAUGACCCCACGGCUUAAGUAUCUCAUCAGGGCAUCAUUCUUUUAUGGCAACUAUGAUUCCAAGAACAGUUCUUCUGUUCAGUUUGAUCUCCAUCUUGGCGUCAAUUUUUGGAAGACGAUAACUGUGACCAGCAGAUCGAACGUGUAUUUCGCAGAAACUAUCAUGGAAGCCACAACCGAUCUGAUAUCAGUUUGCCUGGUGAACACUGGUCGUGGAACUCCAUUCAUCACUUCGCUGGAGCUGAGACCACUCAACCGCACUCUUUAUCCUGUCGUGAACGCAUCUCUCAGUCUCAUUCUCUUGUCGCGGUUUGACAUGGGCCGGAUAGGUGGUUAUCUGAGGUUUCCUUCCGAUCGCCAUGAUCGCAUCUGGAAUCCAUUUGACGACACAACCUCUUUGACAAAGACAUCGACUAAUCUCCCAGUCGAAAAUCCUGUGGAUGAUCACUUUGAGGCACCUCUUGACGUCAUGAAUACUGCAGUUGUCCCUGUGAACUCCAACAAACUGGAACUCAGUUUGGCAACAGAACCCGGGGGCCUCGAUGAAUACUACGCAGUCCUAUACUUCUCUGAGCUGAAGCCACUGCUCCAGAAUGAAUCGAGGCAGUUCUUCGUCUACCUCGGAGGAACCUUGCUGAAUGAUGCCAAACCCUUCACCCCGGACUACCUUUCUUCCAGCGCUGUAUACAGUACAAACCCUACUUCAGCACCCACUCACUACAACAUCUCCCUUGUUUCCACAAGCGAUUCCACCUUUCCACCCAUCCUCAACGCAGGGGAGGUGUUUUCUACAAUGCAGAACACGAUUGUGCCAUCGGAUAGCAGAAAUGGUAACGGUGAUAUGUAUGUAAUCCACUGCUUCUUUAUGUUGUUAGUAUCUUAUGUUUGUUUCGUUCUGCCAUAUUGUUCAAUCGGUCGAUGCCAACCUCCCAUCCUAAUUGGUUCAGAAAAUAUUCACAUAGUUGAAUGGGUUUACGAAAGGCUUGCGAAGGGGAACGUAGAGGACGUCGUCGACAAAAGCCUGCAAGGUGAGUAUGAUGUGAAUUGUGCUUGGAAGAUUGCCUACGUAGCUCUCAAUUGUGCCAUGCAAUCCUCCACCAAGAGGCCGACGAUGACGGAGGUGGUGAUGCAGCUGAAAGAGAGGUUGGCACUGCAGAGUAAUCUUGAUGAGACCAAACUCGAAGACAGAAACACUCUGAAACGACUUAAAGAACAUGUUGAGAUGCACCAGAUCAGUACGUUUGAGAUCGAAUGUGCAAGCAUUUCAGACAAAGAUGGUCCAUCAGCAAGAUGA